AUGUCGCAGACAUCGGAGCUUUCGUCGAACGCGGCCGACGGCGUCCUUGCUGAAGACUUGGAGGACCGCCCAGUUUUAAUCAAGUCCACAUCUACGCCACAAAAUGGAGCCAAACAGCAGCGGGAACGUAAUCUUACUGCUAAAUGGUCCCGAGCGUUUUGGUGGUUCGCCAUCGCUCUAUUGUCCGUACAGGAAGCACUCCAUCUGAAAGAUGGCUCGCUCGGGAACAGUGUCGACAUCCCCAAUGCUUGCCUCGCCAACGUCGAGCUCGAAGGUCAACCUAUUGACAAUGUGAUGAUUCUCGAUCUUCUUCAAUACUUCCACAAGAUCUUAUGGUAUGCAACCGAGUACAAUUGGUCGGUUGCCAUUGCGGUUGACCGAGCUAUCCGUAUGGCUAUUGAAGAUGCAUGUCGCGGUGGAUCUCGGACACUAGCUGAUUGCUACCGGAAUCUCGACUUGUGGUCGGCCAAAGCUUCUGAGGCUGCCAACUUGUCGAUGGGCACGCCACGUUCUGCUAGGUCCUCAUAUCUAGGAGGGGAUAGUCCCUCUGACAAACCUUGGGCUAGUUCUUCUUCUUCUCGUCGUCUCUCACCCUCAACCCCAAGUCGUCAGGGCUUCAAGCGUCCUCGGGAUAACCGUUUUCCUGCGAGACUUCCUCCACCUAAGCAGCAGUAUCCAAAUAGCAACAAUAAUGACAAUAAGAGUUCUAACUAUAAUAAGCACGAUAUUACACCAAAGAUGUGA